AUGUCUUCUCGCAAAAAACCCACCCCUGCCCGCAAAAAGGAGGGCAUCCACUUCGUCAACGCCAGACCCUCCUCCGAGACUGAGAAAAUCAACGCCCAACGUCUGGUGCGCGCGCACGUCGGCCGAUGGAUCUCCGACCAGACUAAAGAUCGCUCGAGCGCUCUCGAAUCCUCCACAGCAGCAGCAGUCGCCGCUGGCAAACAACCCGCCCGCGAUUUCUCCCGUUCGCUUGUCGCGCCGCGUGCCUCCUCGUUUUCCUCCGGCUCGGGAUCCGGUCAGUCUGCGGAGCUGCCGCGUGAUUGCCAGGGGUCGCCCUUUGCGCUCUCGCAGUCCAGCGAGAGUAGCGACAGCAGUGAUGAUGGCUCGUUGACCAUGGUGUCGGGGGAUAAGAUGUCUGCCCCCUGGGGUGAAAUCAUGUCCGUGGAGCCGCUGAUUUCGGGGGUAUUCGAUCCGUUCGGCACCUACCCUUCAAAUUUCGCACCGGAGAUGGUUCACAUGUGCGAGACCUACUGCAUGUCCAUUCUCUGGCCCGGCCUGGCUCCCUCCCGGCCUGUCAAUAACCGCGCAGUAGCGCGCUCCGUCCCCGAAACCUGGUUUCCCCUAUCGAUGACCGAUCCCGCGCUCUUCACGGCAUUCAUGUUCGCUUCGCUCUGCCAUCAACGCGUGCAGUGGCUUAAACGUUCGAUUCCUGGGACUACCUUUGGACCGCGACAACAACAGUUACUGGAACUGUGCGAGAUGGAGUCGAUCAAGUUGAUCAGCCAGGCUGUCCGGGAUCCGACCCGAGCAGUGAGCGAUGCAGUCAUCCUCAGCGUCAUCUGCAUGGCACAUCAUAGAUCGGAUGAGGAGCAUGAUGGAGGUGAUCGGCCAACCCCGUUCAAUCCGCCUCUCCAGCGCCUACAGUGGAUCGAUGUCUAUGGCCGUCUACCCCCGAAUAUGAUUCAUAUUCAGGGAUUGAUACAGCUGAUCAAGCUACGGGGCGGGUUGGACAGUAUUUCAUUGAAGGGGUUGGCCCCGACAAUCAGCUUCUCCGACAUCUUCACUUGCAGUUGUCUCUGCAUUGCCCCAGGAUUCGAAUUCCGACCCCUGGAAGAGAGCAGGCGUGGCAUAUCUGUACAAGAAAUGCUCGGAUACACUCAGUCAGAUGUUGAGAACGGGUUUGGACAACUGGUUGGUAUCGGCAUCACCCCGCAAAUGGCCGAGGCACUCCACGCAAUAUACACCUACAUCAACAUCGUCAAAGCACAUGAGAAUAACCCCGGCGCCUCCGACCUGUCCCUCCUCGCUGACCAGCGCAAUAUCACCCAACACACCCACCUCUCCUUACCGCCCGCCGACCAAAUCAUGUCCUAUUUCUCACAUUCGAGCCACGCAUCCACCUACGAGGCCUCUCGUCUGGCAGCUAUGAUUUUCGGAGUCGGCGUGAUCUUCCCCAUUCCAGCGAAGAAUUCCCCGCUGCCAAACCUUGCCUUCCAAAUGCAGGCCGUUCUCCGCGAGCCUGAUGCAGCGGCUCUCUGGUCCUCGCCUAGUACCCGCAUUGUCUUGCUGUGGGUGCUGACUCUGGGCGCUAUCGCUGCGGUGGAUUCACCGGCACGCACGUGGUAUGUGUCCAUGUUGGGCGAUACGGCCCGACGCAGUGGAUUGUCGUCGUGGAGCGAGCUCAAGAAUCUCUUGGAGAUGAUGCUAUGGUACGACGUUGCGUGCGACGUGGCGGGUGAGACGCUCUGGUUUGAAAUCGAGCGCACCCUCGUAACGCAAUAG